AUGGCCCCGGAAGCCAUGUCGGCUGCCUGUGGGGCGGAUGAUGCAGCGGCGCCUCGUUCAAAGUACCGAGUAGCUCUUGUUCGUCUCCGUGCCCCGACGACGACAAUCAGCGCGAGGGCAUCUGGAGAGACGACGACGCCGUGUCGACGGGUGGUGGUGCAUGGCAUGGGUUGGCAUGGCAUGGCGAGCGAGGGGGUGUCCCGACCACCACCUGUCCGAGCUCGCUGCCAGCUGCCGGGACGUGUCGACUGGAUGUGCCCUCCUCGCAGCUGCUGUCUACAGUUGGCAGCUCAGUAUUCACCAACUGCUGCUGCUGCAACACCAAACACUGACCAGCUGCGCACCCGGGAUCGAACCAAAGCCUCAACCGACCCUCGCGGCUGGCCUACCCUGCACCAUGUGCCUGUGCCUGCCUGUGCCUGCCUGUGCCCGUGUUUGCAUUCCACACCCAACGUCACACCUCAACUGCGCCCAUCCCAUCCAUCCCGACCAGCCUCCACACAAAGAGCAAGGCUCCCUCCCUCCCAACCGGAAUGCACAAUGCGAACUCAACAAGCUCCCGCCAAAAAAUCACGCCGGCCCAGCUCCCCCGCACACCCAUCAUCCAUCCCCCCCCCCCAUCUGCCGGACCCAGCCGCCAGCCCGCCGAACGAGCCACAACUCCACGCCGGCCCCUUGCUUGCGUCAUCUGCGCCCGUGGGAAUUCCGCCCGCCUGA